AACAAUUCACCCCUGAAGAACGUCAACAUCGUUGGCAAAUCGAACUCUAUGAGCUGCGUCAAAAGGAAUCUGAAACAUUAGAUACUUAUUCUACUAAGUUCAAAAAGUUACUUAGUAGAGUUAAUGUAAACAAUGGUUUUUCAGAUGGUAACGAUGAACUGACUUUGUCCCAACAGUUAGAAGCCCAAACAUUUCUACUUAUCGAAAUAGAGAUGUUUACCCAAGGUCUUGAAGAUCUGAGUCGUACUAAUAUCAUCACUCAUAGUAUUAAUACAGGCAAAGCUACUCAAAUUAAACAAGGAUCCUAUCAAGCCGCUUACGAAAAAAAUGAGGGAUGA